AUGCAGACCGGGGAUGUCAUCGGUCGCUACACGCUUGGCCCUCAAAUAGGUCAAGGUGGAUUUGGUAAUAUAUUUACUGCAAGAGAUACUGAAACAGGAUUAAUUUAUGCGCUUAAAAACGAAAGCUACGCGUCCGAAAGGAAAUCAUUAAGUUUCGAAUACAAAAUUUUACGUAGAAUUCAAGGCGUUGACUACUUCCCAAAGCUGUUUGACUAUGGAGAAACGAAAAAUCUGUCGUAUGUCGUCAUGGAACUGAUAGGUCCUUCUAUUUCAUCAAUUUUAAAGAGUUUACCAGAAAAGAAAUUUUCUCUUUCAACAGGAAUUCGCACUGCAAGACAUGUUUUAUUUGCCGUUCAAUCUCUUCAUAAUCUUGGCUUCAUUCACCGAGAUAUUAAACCAGCAAAUGUUCUUGUUCGUAUUGCACACAGUCCUCCAAUAUGCCUACUAGAUUUUGGACUUGUUAGAAUCUUCAAAGAUCAAAAAACAGGUCAACAUGUUCCACAACGAAUGAAAACAGGUUUUCGUGGAACUAAAACAUAUGCAUCAGUAAAUGCUCACCUACAAAAUGACUUAUCGCGAAGAGAUGAUAUGAUUUCUUGGUUCUAUUUCGUACUUGAUAUAUUGACACCAGGAUUACCAUGGAAAAACGUCUCAAAUGCCGUUGAUGUUGCACAGAUGAAAGCCCAGUUUAAUGUACGUGAAUUCGUUCAGCCAAUUGCUCCAGAACUUGCUGAUAUUUGGGAAAUUUUACAACCUCUUAAAUUCGAAGACGAACCACCUUACCAACGCAUUACUGACAUACUUAAUGAUAUUAUGACCAAAAAUAACAUACGCGAAGAAGAUCGCUGGGAUUGGGAAUCUUUUGUCGCAGCCUACAGAGAUAAGUUAACAAAUGAUUUCGGUGUGGCACUUAGAAUCGAUGGAGGCGCUGAUACAACACCUUAUUAUACAGAACUCGGCGUUCCGCCGCAGAUCAUGCAACAUAUUGAAACAAGAAUGACACAAAGAGGAGGAAUGCAUACUCCACUCCUUAAUAGAAACAGACAGCACUCGGCAAUGCAACUAUCUGAGUUAGAUGAAAAAGAUUCUAGAUGCUGCUGUUAA